AUGGCGGCAGCGGUUUCUCUCCGGCUGUCGGGGUGGUGGUGAAGACUGGCUGCAGAAGGUCAGCUGGUCCUAAGAUUGCUGUUGGAGUGCUGGAUGGAGCCUUUCUCUGUCCUCUGUGACAUUGCCAAUUUUAUAUAAUGCCUCACAUCUCUGCUCCCCCGGGACCCCGUGGAGUCCCCAUGAUCCUGAAGAAGACAGCUUGAACCUAGACUACACCCCAGGAUGCUGCGGAGGCUGCUGGAGCGACCCUGCACUCUGGCCCUGCUUGUGGGCUCCCAGCUGGCUGUCAUGAUGUACCUGUCGCUGGGGGGCUUCCGAAGCCUCAGCGCUCUAUUUGGCCGAGAGCAGGAGCCGACAUUUGACUACUCUCAUCCUCAUGAUGUCUACAGUAACCUCAGUCACCUGCCCGGGGCCCCUGUUGCCCCAGGGGGCCCCCCAGCUCCUCAAGGUCUUCCCUACUGUCCAGAGCGAUCUCCUCUCUUAGUGGGUCCUGUGUCCGUGUCCUUUAGCCCAGUGCCGUCACUGGCAGAGAUUGUGGAGAGGAAUCCCCGGGUGGAACCGGGGGGCCGGUACCGCCCUGCAGGGUGUGAGCCCCGGUCCCGAACAGCCAUCAUUGUGCCCCAUCGUGCCCGGGAGCACCACCUGCGCCUGCUGCUCUACCACCUGCACCCGUUCCUGCAACGCCAGCAGCUUGCUUAUGGCAUCUAUGUCAUCCACCAGGCCGGAAAUGGAACAUUUAACAGGGCAAAGCUGCUGAAUGUUGGGGUGCGGGAGGCCCUGCGUGAUGAAGAAUGGGACUGCUUGUUCUUGCAUGAUGUGGACCUCUUGCCAGAGAACGACCACAAUCUGUAUGUGUGUGACCCCCGAGGACCCCGGCAUGUUGCUGUUGCCAUGAACAAGUUUGGAUACAGCCUCCCGUACCCCCAGUACUUUGGAGGGGUCUCGGCGCUCACUCCUGACCAGUAUCUGAAGAUGAAUGGCUUCCCCAAUGAAUACUGGGGCUGGGGUGGUGAGGAUGAUGACAUUGCUACCAGGGUACGCCUGGCUGGGAUGAAGAUCUCUCGGCCCCCCACAUCUGUGGGACACUAUAAGAUGGUGAAGCACCGAGGAGAUAAGGGCAACGAGGAAAAUCCCCACAGAUUUGACCUCCUGGUCCGAACCCGGAAUUCCUGGACUCAAGAUGGGAUGAACUCACUGACAUACCGAUUGCUGGCUCGAGAGCUGGGCCCUCUCUAUACCAACAUCACAGCAGACAUUGGAACUGACCCUCGGGGUCCUCAGACUCCCUCUGGUCCCCGUUACCCACCUGGUUCCUCCCAGGCCUUCCGUCAGGAGAUGCUGCAGCGCCGGCCCCCAGCCAGGCCCGACCCUCUGCCUGCUGCCAACCACACAGCUCCCCAUGGUUCACACUGACUCCUCCUUAAUCAUGAAACUGAAUCAGAAGAGUUGUGUUCUCCCCACCCUCAGCUCCUCACUGCUCUUAGAGGGGAUGUGGGGGAAAUGAACUCUACUACCGUGCUGGGGGCAGGGGCCUCUCCUCACUGCUGGACUGGAGCUGGGCUCCUCUAGCCCUGGGGGGUCCCUCUUUCUAGGGUCACCAGCCAGGGCUUAUGACUGUGAAUCCUUGAUGUCAUGAUUUUCUGUGAUGACUCCUAGGAGUCCCCUGCCCGUGGGGUAAGAGCAGGGCUGGACCCCAAAUCCCUUCCUCUUCCAUGGAGAGAAGAGUGUUCUGACUUCUCCCGGGACCUCUGUGAAUAUUUAUUCUAUUUAUGGUUCCCAGGAAGUGUGUUAGGAAGCCCCUCCCAGGGUACUUUCUGCCAGUGCUGGAGUAGCUCCCUCUUCUGGACUUUGCUCAGGGGGCUGGGAUUUUGAUAUAUUUUCUAAUAAAGGACUUUGUCUUGC